AGUGAGAGAGAGCGGAGCUGUAGUGACUAGAGUAACAAUAAUACGAAGCACGCAAAGAUGGCUGCAGGUUUCAGUUUGACCUAGGUCCAGGCGAUGUGAGCGCUGGUUGACGGUUGGCGAACUCGCGCGGCUGUCACCGGGACCGCGAUGGGACGCGGGCCAGCGCGCUGAGACGCCUCUGAUGGCCCAGGAGGGCGCCGACCAGGAUGUACGGCGAGCCCUGGACGUGGUCCAGUCGAUGAUCGACAUCUCCGCGGACCGCCUGGAGGGGCUGCGGACACAAUGCGCGACCAGCGCGGAGCUGACCCAGCAGGAGAUACGGACCCUGGAGGGGAAGCUGAUAAAGCUGUACUCGCGCCAGCUGGUGACGAAGGCUAAGCUGCCCGAGGAGUCACUGCCCUCCGAGAUGCGACACUUCCCGUCGCUGCGGCAGUGGCUGCAGGUGGUGGGGCUCAGCCCAGAGUCCGUGCACACCGUGUGCCAGAGCGUGGGCUCGCUGGAGGCCCUGCAGGAGAAGACCGACCGGGAGCUGUGCGGUCUCCUGGGCGCGCGGCACGCCCGCGAGGAGGAGGCUCGUCGCCUCGGCCGUGCCCUGCACAACCUGCGCAAGUACACGGAGAUCCUGGUGCGCGGGGAGGCGACGGAGGAGCCGGCCCUGUACUGGGACUCCUGGGACCGGCACCAGGUGCUGAAGGGCGCGGGCAGCGGCUCCCCGCGCCCGCUAGCCUCGCGCGCCGCCCGCUGCUCCGUGCCCUCCGAGGACUACCACAGCAGCAGCGGGGACGGACUGGGGGGCUCUGCCACCACGCUGGCCACGGCCUCGUCCACCUCCUCCAUCGCGUCGCUGCCCCAGGGCUCGCCCCUGCCGCUGUCCCCGCCCGCCACCCCGCCCGUCUUCAAGAGCCGAGGGGCCGGGGAGAAGGCACGCUUCCCCACCACGCCCCCGCCGUGCAAGAAGCACCAGACGGCGCUGCAGUCGGCCGCGCUGCUGCCCGACACCUACCCCCUCACCAAGUCCAAGUCACACGAGUCCCAGCUGGGCAGCAACGGCGCGGAGCAGGCGAGCGGCAACGGGGCGGGGCGGGCCCCCAGGGCGCGGCUGCCCACCGAGCCGGGCCCCACCACGGACUACGAGCAUGCGUCCUCGCAGCUGUCCAGCCCCGUCAGGUCCCCGCCCUACAGCUCCGGGACGCUGGACAGCAGCGACGACAGUGGCUACAAGUCCACACUGCAGGUGCCGCGGUCCCCACACACCCCCACCAUCUCGCGAGGGAUGGGCCACGUCAUAGCGCACCGCUUCACCAAGACCUUCAAGAUGAUGACCACGUGUGACUACUGUGACAAGCAGAUGUUCAUAGGCACAGGUCUGAAAUGCAAGGAGUGCAAGUACAAGUGUCACCGGGACUGCGAGGCCAAGGUGCCCCCCUCCUGCGGCCUGCCUCGCCAGUUCGUCGAUGAGUUCAAGAGGACCUGCGGGUUCUCCACGCAGUCGCCCAGCCUGGAGCGCAGCACGGCGUCCCCCAGCCACUGUGCCAACCUGCUGGCGUCCAUCACGCGCCGCGAGAGGAAGCGCGGCCACCCCCAGCCCUCCAUCAACAUCCCCCCCUUCUCCGGCCCGGACUCCGGCUCCAACACGUCCAGCUGCAACAGCUCGACCCCCUCCAGUCCGGCCGUCGCGCUCGCCAGCCACACCCCCCUCGCCACGCCCAAGCAGCAGUUCCACUUCCCAGACGUGGCGCCGCUGAGCCACGGCGUGACGCUGGAGACCCACCCGCUGCCCCAGCAGGCCGACACGCACCAGUCCAACGACAGCGACCGCACCCUGUCGGGCAGCACGGACUCGGAGCGCACGCCCGUGCGUGUCGACUCCCAGGACAGCCAGGUGUCUGACGGCGAGGCCGUGGACCGCGCCUGGCCGCGCCAGAACAGCUUGUCGCUGCGGGAGUGGGACAUCCCGUACGACGAGCUGCGCAUGGGCGAGCGCAUCGGCACGGGCCGGUUCGGCACGGUGUACCGCGGCAACUGGCACGGCGACGUGGCCAUCAAGGUGCUCAACAUGGACUACCUGGACGACGAGAAGAACCUGGAGGCCUUCCGGCUCGAGGUGGCGACGUUCAGGAAGACGCGGCACGAGAACCUGGUGCUGUUCAUGGGCGCGUGCAUGAAGCUGCCGCGCCUGGCCAUCGUCACCAGCAUGUGCAAGGGCAUGACGCUCUACACGCACAUCCACCUGCGCAAGGACAAGUUCAACGUCAACAAGACCACCAACAUUGCUCAGCAGAUCUCGCAGGGCAUGGGCUACCUGCACGCCCGCGGCAUCAUCCACAAGGACCUGAAGAGCAAGAACAUCUUCCUGGAGAGCGGCAAGGUGGUGAUCGCAGACUUCGGCCUGUUCAGCGUCACCAAGCUCUGCUACGGCAACAGGAAGGGCAACGGCCUGAGCAUCCCGCCCGGCUGGCUCUGCUACAUGGCCCCGGAGAUCAUCCGCAGCCUCAAGGCCCAGCAGAAGCACGACGAGGAGGAACUGCCCUUCUCCAAGGCCUCCGACGUGUACGCCUUCGGGACGGUGUGGUACGAGCUGCUGUGCGGAGAGUGGCCCUUCAAGUGCCAGCCCCCAGAGGCCAUCAUCUGGCAGGUGGGCAAGGGCAUGAAGCAGCCGCUGGCCAACCUGCAGGCGUCCCGGGACGUCAAGGACAUCCUGAUGCUGUGCUGGUCGUACCGUGCCAGCGACCGGCCAGAGUUCACACCCCUGCUGCGCGCGCUCGACAAGCUGCCGAAGAAGAGGCUGGCACGGAGCCCCUCGCACCCCAUCCACCUGUCGCGCUCCGCCGAGUCCGUGUUCUAGCCGCGCGUCCUCGCCACGGCCCCCUGUACCCCCUGUACCCCUCGUGCCCCCUGUACCCCCUGCACCCCCUGUACCCAGUGAUGCCAGAGCCCACCCGGGCCAGUGUCUUUCCAAGUCAUUCAGUAGCUGUUUCGUGUAUUUUACCUACACAGCUACUUGUAGCAUUCCGUUUCAUUCACGCACCGAAUAUGUACUUUAUAAUUCUUAUGUUCUUAAAAAAAAUUACAAGAAAGAAUUUCCUCGCAAUUCUUGUGUUUUGUCGUGCGAAAACGGACCAAGAAUUUCGACAAAAGCAUGGAUAUCUUGGUACGUCUGGCAACACUGUGAAAACCCUUUUAUUGCAUUCUUCAAAGGACCGGCAAAAAAAUGCUUGAAACACAGAAAAGUAAUAUAUAUGUAUAAUACAUGAUGUAUAAGCAUUAUGUAGUUCUCUAAAGGUGAGGUGAAAUAUGUGCACAUAAAAUUGUAAGGAGAUGUGCAGAGAAGGGUGUUCUGGUAAAUUUAAAUUGUUGAGUUUUUUUGUGCAAUUGCAAUUUUAAAGUUGCUUAGAAUGACUAGCUUUUUGAAUGUGUUUUCAAGACCAUGUUAGUUUACACUUUUGUUUUGGCUGGGUGCUUAGUCCGGAAUAUUUCCGUGGUCUUGCGAUGUCUCCGUAAAGCAGGCAGGGCGGUCGUGUGUGUGUGUGUGUGUGUGUUCGGCGGCAAUGCACGUGUCUCCAGCGCUUCGUUGGGGCCCGUGUGCAUCCAUGAUCUCACUUGUACAUUUUCUGUCGUUCCGUGGCCGCCGCGCCACGGUGCUUGUGUACAUAUUAUAUAUGAUGAAUAUCUCCUCGUCGUCUCGAAGCGUGGCGUGUGGCGCGAGCUUGGCCGUGCUGCUCACGUGCUUCGUGGCAGUGUUUUACCAGAGCAGGGUGCUGCCGUGGCUUCCGGGACACUGCGUUAGUUCAGGCGCUGAGCAGCCUUCCAGUCUUCACCCUGUAGGGGCGUAAUAGGUGGCUUCGGAACAAACAUGAACCAUGUUUCUCAUCCAACAAUAUGGAAACAUAUUUACACUUCUAAAAUAAUGCAUGUUCAUAGUUUUACCAUAAUUCUCCUCAUGUAGCUUGAUUUCUUUUUUAUGAAACUACGUUUUUGAAAACAAGAAGUCACUUGACAAGUUCUAAGGACCAAUCGGAAAACUUGUUCUUUACAACUAGCGUAACAAUUAUUGAUCUACAACACAUUGUUUCCUGAUUGCCCACAAUCUCGCGUAUUGCACUUGGAAUUCUUAAUAGUAGUUCUUUUUAGAAAUCUUGUGUGAAAUUCACAGCCUGUGUGCUUUUUUCUUUCUUCUAAUCCUUCAAAUGAAUGAGAACAAAAGUUUCAUUUUGAAAGAAACUUUCGUGUUAAAGUGUAUUUUUUCCAAUCAUAUGUGAAGAAUUGAGUGGUUGAUUACCAAUUCAUUUUUCAGUUUUAAAAUAACCUAUAAAAUUUUUUAAUUGGUUUGCACAUUGUAAUGAGAUGUUACUGUAGGGACAUUCUUGGUUCAGUGUAUGGAUCACCGUUUGGUGCUGCAAGUAUUUCUCUCUGGUAAAAUAUUGUUUUGAGGGAGCAUAGCUUUAAUAUAUGUGUUUAUUGUGAUAUGAUUACCUUCAGACUCGGAGGGUAUCUAUGCCACCAAAUGAAGCUCUUUUCAGCCAAAGUAAGGUUUGAUAGUGUGAUAGUUGAUUAUUUACUCGACUAAUGUUUGUCUUCUCUGUCGAUCUUUUCAAGCAUCGUCCCACUGGUAGAUGCUGGAGCGUAGAGAACAGUUAUCAGAGAGAGGCCGAGACCCAAAAUAUCAAGCUUGAGUCGAGCGGGUAGCUUCAGCUCGACUCUGCUUGAAUGUUGAGUUCAUCGUACUCAACCGGACGAGACUGAACAGGGUGUUUCAAAAACUUGUGCAUGCCUGACCGGUGCAGUUGGCUUAAAAUCAUGUACUACAAUUUUCCAACUUUCAGUUUUCUCAGUUGCAGUGUUAUGAGAUCACUCUGUGGUUCAGCGCACCCCACGCGACAGUGGCGUGAGCGACGACACGACGUGAUUAGAAGCCUUGAGCACUCAGAAAUUACCUAAAAAAAUUUUUUCUUAUAAUCCGGAGUUUCUGUCUUUUGCAAAUUUCACCUUGAAUAUGUUCAUAUUUUGAUGUAUCAGUUUUUGGAUAUAACUUUGUUCUAAUAGAUUUUUUGUCUUAGGCAGUUCAUAUGUUUCUGGAGCACAGUUUGAACAAACAGCGAAGUAAGGUGUCAUUUUGAUGACAGUGAGACAUGCUGUGUUCAAACAUACAGUGCUUGUGAAUUUCGGACCACAAAGAUAUGCCAUUGCGAUGGUCUUCUCUCUGGUGCUAUUGGAUGCUAGCCGAGACUGAGUCUGACUUAGCUUGAUGCAUUUUGAUGGCAAAUCACUUUUCAUAGUGUAAUAUUGUCCCUGUCUUCAUCAUUUUGGUAACUGUUGGGAAAUGCUCUCACAGGUAGUUGUGUCAACACCAAGUUUUGUAUUGCUUGUAACGUUUCACUGUAUCUAUCUCACUACACACACAUUUCUCUGGUUCCAGCUCUGACUAGCGAUAACCAGUGUAGUCGAGUUUCAGUCAGUGUAGUCAAGUUUCAGUUCAAUCAAGUAGCUUAUGUAAUGGAACUUUCGUGCAAUCCUCAUGCAGUGUUUUUCUUAGGAUUUGAUAGUUUUCUCAUAUGUGUUGUUUACCUGUGAUUGCUUUGUUUUUAUUUUUAUUUUUUAUUAAAGGUAUUAGAAUAUUGUGUAGUUGUGUUGUUUAGGAAGAAUGUUAUUUAUUGCUAUUGUAAAUAUUGUUGUUAUGAUAUUCAAAAAAUUGUCACAAUUUA